CUGUUUUCAGUUGAACAUCGCACUCGGACCGGGCCGCAUGCUCUCGAGCCGCCGCAAGUCGUUACCACUUUUGUUUGUUUAUAUUCCGGAUGUACACAAAGGCUGGGCUAGAACGGAACAUUAUCGGUACACGCCUAAUUUUGAAAAGAGGUCCAAACAGCGCAAAGUUCGGGAUAAAUAUGUCAAAUUCUGCUAAUCGGAGCAACCAACUGGUGAAGAAUACCCCUGUCCAAGCCAACUUUGAUCAAGAAAGCAAACACUUGACCGAUUACCGCGACUGGUGUGUAAUUAGACAUAGACUUGCGGCGUAGCAAUCCGUCGUCCUUGGGUGAAAGAAUAUUGUGGAUAUAACACGCGAGGGAUCAUAACACAUUACAAUACACCACACACACUCAACGGAUCCGCGCACACGCUGCAUGCGGCAAAGUGUAAACAUAAACAAAAGUGAUGCGUGCGGUGGUGGUACGGUCGUCAACUAAACGAAGCAACGCCGUCUAAUAAAUCUACGACUGUCAACGAAAAGUAAAAACAAUUUCAGUUAAUUUUUGCAUUUUUUUGUGUUGAUUUCGUCAAAGCAUUUCUUUUUUUUUUCACGACUUCACUGUGUCGAAAUUACGAGAGUGUUUAAAAGUGAAAAGUUAUUUGUCGAACUUUUAACAUUCUGUCACGAGUGAGAGGCGCCAGGCGCGAUCGUUACAUUUUUUUUCGGUGGUGUCCUCAAAACGAAAAAAAGAAGAAGAAGAAAUUUCAAAACCCGACUGUCAUUUGUGUAAUUGAAUCACGAAAGCGCAGAAAGAAGCGUGAUUUCGUGACACGAAGCACUUCUGGAAUACCAACAAACGCAAACCUUCGCCAAUCUAGUACCACGCACGCACGUGUGCGUGUGCACUGCAGUACUAGAAUCGCGGGACGCAGGCGCGUACGCUCGCUUUGUGCUUGUGAACGAAAAUCAGCUGGAGAUUCUGAGGGCGAAUCUCGGCACAUCCAUCCAGUUGGCACGGAGAAAGUGAGUUACCGAGAACGGCGAAAGGAUCGCAGCAGGCGCAGCGAGCUCGUUACAACCGGACUAACAGAUUUCGUAGUGUGCCCCCGUGAACGAAAACAAACAAACGAAUAAAUUAUUCCAAUAUCAUCAUCUCGUCGCCGGCGCCGAUAGUCUCUGCAGAGUUUCUGUGUUCUAACGAAAGUAAUAAUAAUUUAAAAAAGAGGAAGAAACCCCCGGCAGCAGCCACCCAAGAAGAGGAGAACCCGUCGGAAGAUUGCUGCCGAAAGCGUCAAGAGUCGUGUGUGUGUGUGAGUUUGUGCACACCUCCAUUAAACUUUGACCUUGCGCCUUAAGCGGCCAUCAUCAUACACACAGCCAUAGCCUACUACGCGAGUCGGUGUAGCACCAAAGGGCCCAGCCAGCAGUUGCAAUAUUGUGAUUUUUACUACAAGUAUAUUGGAAAAAAAGUAUAAAAAAAAUAUAUAUGUAUAUUUAAAGUUUCGUGUUUGAGAGCUGAUUUUUUAUAACCGUACGCUGUCAAAACGACUCGGCAAUCGUGAAUUCGAGGAGAGAGCGAGCCUUGUGGAAGAUUUCGAUCUGUGAUUAUUUUUUGUUAAUUUUAAAAUAUUGCUUUUAAUCAACGUGAAAGUAACGCCGUAUACUACCUUAAAAUAUACACACGUAGAGUGCAAAAGAAAGUGCAAGAAUAAGGAAAGAGAGUGAAGAAGAAAGAAGAGAGGAAGAGAAAAAAGUUAAUUCCCAUUUUUAUGAUUAUUGAAUAAAAAAAAUCUCGUGCAAAAGCGAAGCAAAAAGAAGUAGCAGCCACCAUGUUCAACUCCAACCUCAGCCUGACGGUGCCACCGAUGCUGGGUCUGGACAGUGGCGUCUGCACGACGCCCAGGACACCGGAAAUCCUCAACUCGUUGAUGGCCAUGACGAACCCGCUCGAGUACUCGUACCCGGUUGCGGCGGCACUUGCAAAUACCGGCACCACCUCUAUCUCAACAAGCACCACCACCAACAACAACAACAACAACUCAGUGUCACAGGCGUCACAAGAUAGUCAUUCCAACAGUUCCGGAUCGCCCCUGGACUCGCCCGCUGGCCAUGGCCGGACACCGAGCGUACAACAGACCCGCUCGCAACUGAUCAAGGCCGGCGUAAAGCUGCUAAUCCAGAGCAAGCGCAAGCACAGCGGCUGCGACUCCAGCGAUGGGAACGAAUCGACCACGAGUGGCUGUGGCGGCGGUGGCGGAGGUGGAGGCGGAAGUAGCCGGAGGAGUGCCGGAGGACCCCAGAGCAAGAAACGGCGCGACACGGACCUGGCGACGAGCGAUGACGACAUGGACACGCUGCGUACGACGAGUGCCUGCUCUUCGAACGGGGGACCGGGAAGUACGAGCAGUCCACGUGGGUUGACUCCGGAGGACGAGGAUCGUCGGCGGCGGCGCCGGGAGCGUAACAAGAUCGCUGCUACCAAGUGUCGGAUGAAGAAGCGUGAACGGACUGUUAAUCUGGUCAACGAGUCGGAAACGCUGGACGCGCAGAACAAGGAGCUCAAGUCGCAGGUCACGGAGCUGGAGAACCAACGGAGGAAAUUGAUGGAGGUGUUGCAGGCGCACAGCGGGUCUUGCGUUCACCAGAAGGGCUUCCAACCACUGCCGAGUCUGUCUACGAUCACCAACAACAACUGCAAGUUUUUGAACGACCUCAACUUUUUGGAUGCGAAUGGUAGUGAAAUCAAAUACUCCGAGUGUUUGAAGGCCGCGAGUGGUGAUGGACAGCAGGACAACGGGCUACCUCCAGGCUACUGCAAGCUAUCGCCAACGGACACGAGCUUCGGAACCCCGAGCGAUGUCAUGGAUGUGAACGGGUUCGCAAGUUCGCAAGCGCUGAAAUCGGAGUACAUUCCAAGCAAUCAACAGCAGCGGACGCGCCAAAAGCCCGGACCAAAGCCACGCCAGAAGGCAGUGAAGCGUUCGGCAGCGGCGACCAGUACAACGACCACCGUAACGGAAACCUUGAGUCAGACGUCGGCAAUCGUGGCGCAGCAGUCCCAGGGACCGCUGCCCAGCGCAGAUUUCAUCCUGAAAAAUGAACUCAUCGAUACCAGCAGCCCUUACACAACGGUCCAGUCGGCGGACCGGUUUCUGUUCGAGAACUCCCUGGACCUGUACAACAACAAUAACAACAACAACGACAGCAACACCCUGGACGGCCACCAGACCAACGACAGCGACAAGCUGACUUCGCUCGCCCUCAAGGACAACGCAUCGAACGUCCUGCUGGAGUUUAGCGCAAACUUCGACGCCACCAUGCUGAAGCCCGCGGACUACGGCAUGCUGAACCAGCAAAGCCAGCUCGUACAAAUGCAACAUCAUCAGCAACCGCCUUCCAACCAAUGUCACCUGCAGCAGCAGCAACAGCACAACCUGAUGAUGAACCAGCAGCAACACCAGGUCAUCAACCACCCACAACAGCAACAGCUGCUGUCCCACCAACUCAUGUCCCAGGUGCCGUCCCUGUCCAACGACUUCCUGAUCCUGCCCGAGCACGACGGCAGCGAGUUCACCGAUCUGGACUCGGGCAUCACGUCCUACACCAGCAUGAACGGCAGCUGCCUGGCGUGACCGCUGCUGCUCUAGGAUCUGUAGUGUGUUCGCGUCUAAUAUCUCUCUCUCUCGGCUUCUCGUCCUAAAACUUACGGAUUGUUCGUGCUUGUGACCGAUUUCCAGUGAUUUUUUUUAAAAACUUCAAGUUACCGCUAAUGUGUUAAGUUAUUAGUCAGUGCGCGUUCUACCUUCUUGUAAAGAAGAAGAUGCAGUUUAUUUCAGCUUAGCUGGAUUGUUGCCCCCACCCCCUCUCCCAUAUUUUUGUUUUUUAAUCGUUCGCAAUGAUUGAUGGUGCUCUCGUUGACUGUUCCUUUUGCGCACCAAUUCCAUCGUCAUUUUUUAAAUAAGAACCAAAAUCUGCUUCCCCAUCACAAAAUAUUGUUAUUUUUCCUCUCUUCCUAUAACACCUUCUCUCUCGAAAUGUAUGUUAAAAGUGACUGCAAAAAUGUGUGUGUGCGUCCGCGUGAGCGUGUAGGAGAAAGAGAAAGGUUUUGAUUUCUCAUCACUGUUUUUACUUUUAAAUACUACAAAGUUAUACACAGUUACAGAUAUAGUUUAGUCGUGCAAAAUGCAUUCCUUUUUCGAUUAUAAGUUUAUAGUCGCGUCACAUUUAACGCAUCUCGCCUCAUCUUUCUCUUUCUCGUAUAUCACUAUCGCCUCUCUCUCUCUCAAAACUAUUUAACAAAACAUAACACACACAUCAGCAUAUUGUGAUAUUCACGUGGUCUUGUUCACCGGUGGCGCUCGUGAGGUACACCAGCACUAGGGUGUAAUAAAUUCGUCGAUUUUCAAACGUAAUCAUCCUUCGACUUUCAAAAAAUUCCACGCCAUGACAGUACUCUUCAAUUUCAAUUUUUGCAGGUACUUUAUAAAAAUCGAAAAAGCUAAGAUGAGGACGAUAAGGGAAACAAAAUACGCCAGAGGUUUUUUUCUCGCCGAAUCUAAGCCAGAGUUCAGAAUAGCUCGAAAGAUCACAAUUUUUAACUAUGCCCGUUUGAAACAUUGACAUUCGAUAUUUCAGGAAAUGUUUGCGAGCUUGUUUCUAAACAGCAAAAGCAAAUUUAAAGAAGAAUGACCGUGUAAGAAAUUUUCUUUCAAUUAUCAAAAUAUACUUUUUUUGCGUUUAGUGUAAAAAUCGCACAGCCGGUUUACUAAAAUUCAAUAUUCUCCAAAGCACCUUGCAUGCAAGUUUUGUGUAAGAAAAUAUUAAUUUUCCAACAAAAAAAAACGUUGUCUUUCCGUUUAAACUGAACGAAACAUAGCUUGGUUAUUUUGGGAGAGUUGAGAAAAAUAUCUUACGUCUGCCUAUGUGGAUCAAUCGGACCGCGCACUGGACUCACAAUCCAGAGGUCGCCGGUUCGAAUCCCGAAGCGGACGCAAAAAAUUCUAUGUGUUAAUAUAGGUAUUCGGUGCCCUCUCCCCGUGCCAUACCUUCACACUUAGUAGACCCGGGAGGCGGAGUCUUGUCGUAAAAAGAACGAUACACGCCUGUGGAUCCGUUGACGAAACCGCAAGGUUUAAGAGGGCCACAUUAUAAGGUGUUACGUCGAUUCUGUUUUUCGAGAAAAAUAUCUUAAAGAUUGCAGCAAUCACUGUAAAAAGACUGGCUCACAAACAUUACUUUAUAUAGAAUUAUUCAGUAUUUCAAAAGUGCGUAAGUCAAAAUUAACAGAUUUGGCAAGACUUUUCUCUACAAAUCUGUCAUAACAAAUAUUUUUUCAAGAUCGAUCCACCUAUAAUGCCACACCCAAAGGAAAAAUAUAUCUAAAAAUCUGCAACAGUGGAUUUGCUGCAGAAAAUGUUAUAUUUUAUUACAUUUUUUGCAGCAAGCCCAUAGAUCAUUUUUGCCCGCGUGUAAACACGUCAGCGAUCUGCAGUUCUCACCAACACAUAUAAUGAUGGCGCGUCCCCGAGCAACACUCCAGAGAGAACAUUAUGUUUGCGCUCUGUCCCUCAUCAUUCAUCAAGCGUCCAUGGCGCGGUGGUAGCGUGUCGGAUCAGCAACCUAGAAGUUGAUGGUUCAAUCCUCGUUCUGUUAACAUUUUUUUUCUGCAUUACAAACAAUCUGCCGUCGGUAAUGUCGAUAAUUUUCGGUAACGGGCAAAAAUGUCAUACCCCUAUAUCGCAAAAAAUGCAUGAGGACAGUUUUCAUGCAGAUUCUGAUACUUUCAUGCCGCCAUGUAUCACAAUCAUGCGGCCGCCGGUUGGGUGCAGGUCAGUGCAAAAUCCGCACAAAAAAUCUAAAACCUUAAAUUGUUUAAAAAUGCUAUUUUACCGAGAGAAUAUUUUUAUUAAUACCGCAAUUCCAUUUGAAAAGAGCCUAAACCGAAAAAAAAGUUCUCCGAUCGGGCACAAAAUUUUUCGGGGGUUUCCUUAGUAAAAAAAACUAAGAUCCGUAUUUUUUUGUUUGGCCGUAAGGGUGACCUACACCGUGCUGGUGGUUCCAAAAACGGCCAUUUUCUUCAAUUUUAGCAAAAACCACAUUUUCAAAGAAUCAUAACUCCGUGCCAUUUCAACGUGAAUAAAUACCAUUUCCAUUGAAAGUUUAUGACCGAGCCACGUAGCCCAGUGGUAACGCUUCCGCCUCGUAAGCGGUAGAUCGGGGUUCGAAUCCCGGCUCGGACCAACACAACUGGUGAUCGUUUCCCUUCUGGAUUCGAUUGCUUAAUAAAGGGAAGGUAGUGUAUCGUCACAAACUUGACCUUACCAAGACACCUUAGGAAGACAACCUAUGGAAUGUUAACAUUAACCUUAACAUGUUAACAUUAAGUUGAAUAAUAAACUAUCAGUGAAUCCGCUUUGUAAAUGCCGGCCCCGAUACUCUUCACGGGUGUUCCCCUCAGGAACAGGGAGAGAUUUACUUAUUGAAAUUUUAUGCCUCCGCAAAAUUUUUUUAUUUGCAUUUGCAUGGAGAAGAAAUUUUUAAUUUAAAAAUUGAUUGCAUCAGUCGAUUAUACGUCCAAUUUUCUUCAAAAUGAGUCUAGGAUCAACCCUUAAAGAUUUGUUAUGCCCAAAAUUACGCAGUUUAAAAAUUGUUUUUUCUACAGUUUUCGCGAAAAAAAAAACCAAAUUUGGGUCGGGGCAAAAAAGUAAGGAGUUUUCCGAUUAAGAUGAAAAUCGGGAGCAAGCAAGUGAUUUUUCAAUUAUAUGCUGAAAUUUGGGCUAAAUACUUUGUUUUCAAUAUCCUUUCCAGAAAUAUUUCGUUUUUUUUAAUCGGAGCAUCUUAAAUUUUUGUUUACUAGGGCUCAAAUCUAGAGUUUUUUUUUAAUAUGUCCUAUAAACAUAUGAAAGACAAUAGUUUAUAGGACCUUUUCAAAAACAACUCUAGAAAUGUCAAAAAUGGAAUCGAAACAAAUGUAACAAUUUUACAAUAUCGCUUUUUUCAUGGAAACUUGCACAAAGUAAAUGUCAAAAAAUCACAAUUUUCAUGCGCCUGAUUUUGGCCCCACAAAAGGUGUCGAAAACUGUUUUCGUGGAUUUGGUACACCCUAAUACUACAAACUUUCAAAGGAUGGUCAAUUCAACUGACUUUGAAGGUUAAAUUCCUCGUUUUUCGGACCAUACGCGACCAUCGGUGAAUCUGUGGCACACUCAUUACCUUAUAAAAUUGCCAUUAACGCGUCUCAAAGGAGCCGACAACCUGUUCCUCUUUGGUACUAACUACAACACAAACACACCCCUUUUUCCUUGACUUAUUUAUGUUAUGAGGCAGAAGAGCCGACUUUAGCUAUGUAUUUAUAACAAAAAUCAAACUCAUCCCUCUGUUUUUUUCAUUAAGAACGAUUAACCUAUUAAUUUACGAUGACGAUCAUUAAUAAUUUUAAAACGCUUAAUCCCCGCUACUCUAAAACUGCAAAGCUUACUCGUAACUCUUUUUGGAAGAAAAUAAAGUUAUUAGUGUAUAAGGAAGGAAAGUUGCACAACAGAAGAAAAAACACACAAAAAUCCAGAAAAAUGUAUAUUAUUGUCUGCUCUAAGAAUAAUAUAUGUUUAAGUGAAUGUAUUUUUUAUAAAAACAAAAACAAAACAGAAACAUUAUAUAGUUUAGUUAGGUUGUAGCGUUAAAGAAGGAGGCUCUCCCCAACGGAAAAAAUAAGAAUUUCGCGCAAAGACACGUUUAACGCUAUAGUUCCAGUCGGAUUUGUUUGCUAAAAUGGAUUGUUAAAAGACGCUUUAAUCUGCACAACAGUUUUGUUAUUUUUCCGUUCGUUGGAGAUCCUCGUCCGAGCCGAUCGUGCGCUGGAAGACACAAACGCCCCAAAAUAUGACCAAUUAAAAUGCAAUCAAGCUUAACUGGUGUGACUUUGAUGGAUGGCUUAAAGAUAUUGAUGGAAGUAUAAACUAUUUAUUAAAGAAAAUCGCAUAACAAUCAGAGCAACACACAAAAACGAGACUAUUUACAAAGAAUCUUCAAAAAGUUGCGUGAAAUCGUGGUCCUUGAACCUCGGUACAACAAUCAUUGUGGGCGAUAAUCCGACAAACAUGGUUUCAGAUGUCGUCUUGAGAGAAGCAAUUAAUUAUUCUUUUCAAAAAUGGUCACAAAUAAUACUUCUUUUUCCCAUUGCAUUGUAACAAACCUAGUCAGAGAGUAGCAUUGACCAUCGCGCAAGACAAAUCAAAAUUACGCGCAUGUUGACAAUCCAUUAUCGCCCACUCAACUCCACAGCCAAGUGCAGAAAAAAAAACAUUUAAUUCACCCCACAAAACAAUGACAAAGUACGGAACAUUGCACUAAGCGCGCCGCACGCUCGCAUGACGGACGAACAAAAUAAAGAAAAAAAAAUACAGAUAAAAUGCCUUCCUAUUUUCAUUAAUAGGUUAAGAUGCAUGUUAGAAAAACCAACCAAGUUAUUCCUUAUACACGUAUACUGUUAGAUAUUUGAAGCAUCACAGCUUGAUCGAAAAUCGAAGCCUUAAUAUUAGAAGAAACAAAUGUUGUAGAGCUUGACCAAAAUUUCAAACGACAUUAGAAGCCUAUUUAAAAAAUAUACAAAGAAAAAAAAUGUUGUAGGACACCCUCUAAAGAGAACGGACCAACCCUGCAGAACAAAUAUUAGUUCCAUUUUGCCUGCGCGCCAAAAAGGAGAUUUUGAAUAUUUGCCUCGAUGUGGUUGAUUUGGUUCUUUUCGUAAAUUCCAUGAUUUACACAAACAAGCAAAAAAACUAAAACUUAGACAGCGUGUUAUCACAGUGCCAUCUAACUGAGCAGGCGGAUGAACUUUUAGGUCAAAAGUCAACGGCUGCUCGAUCAAUCGCAAUUUGAUUGGCGGAAGAGUCCCCAAAGCAUGGACCAACGGCUUUCAAAUUCAGCUUUUAACUUAUAAAACGAGAAAAAAAAACCAGACAACUCUACUUUGUACCUGUGUCGCGGCGUCGUCUUCUUCACACAAACAAACAUACACAAAAAAACACACAGACAACUAGACCAAUGAAUGACACUUUUACAACCUCUUCGUUUAGCUUUAAAGAAAUACAAACUAAACAUCGACCUGCAAAAAAACGCCGUUUUAAGAAAAAAUCAAAAAAACCUCGAUGGGCCUUACUUUGCUAGCAUUUUUUGUUCUUUUUCGGCAAUAAUUCUUACCAAUUCUAAUCGAGUUAAAGCUACGUGCGAAGCUAGAUUUUAUAUUUAAAACAGGUAGGAACGCUGAAGAAGUGAUGCGAGCAAAAUCAAUCUGCUGAAAAGUGCUAUAUUUACCACUAAUCAAAUCGAUAUUGUUGUAAGAAUUCAGAAACAAAAAGUGCAUUUGCCAGGCGGAUGCAAGUGAAGAAGCAAACUC